AUGUGGACUAGGGAAGACAUAGAGGAAAAUCAUGUCUAUACGACAUCUCUUAGUGGUACGCCUUCAGGGGAGAUACAUCUUGGCAAGUUGUACACAAACAAGGAAGAAUUUAAGAAUGUAGUGGGAAGGUAUGCACUGAAAAAGAAUUUUGAGUGGAUGGUGAAGAAGUCUGGCACUGAUGUGUUGUACGUUACUUGCAAGGAUCAAAAUUGUAAAUGGAGAUUAAGGGGGAGGAAGAAGGCACGUUAUGACAUGUUCGAGGUUACUGUGUUCCACAACGAACACACAUGUAACUUGGAUUCUAGAAAUUCUGAUCACCGUCAAGCAGCACCGUGGGUUAUUGGCCACAUUAUUAAGGAAAAGUACACAUCAGAUGGAACUAAGUACAUGGCAAAAGACAUACAGAGGGAUAUGUUUAAGGAUUAUGGCAUCAAGAUUAGUUAUGAGAAGGCUUGGAGGUGUAGAGAGAAGGCACUUACGUAUGUGAGGGGUAUGCCAGCAGAAUCUUAUGCAAAGUUAUAUGGUUACUUGUACAUGCUGGAACAGAAGAAUCCAGGUACUAUUACUGACAUUGUGAGAGAGGACGACCGGUUCAAGUACUAUUUUUGGUCACUGGAUGCUUGUAGGAGGGGAUUUAAGUUUUGUCGUCCUGUGAUUAGUAUUGACGGAACAUUCUUGAGGACAAAGUAUGGGGGCACAAUGUUACUUGCUGUUGCGUACGAUGCAAAAAACCAAUUGUUUCCGAUGGCCUUUGCAAUUGUCGACAGUGAGAACCACGACUCUUGGAAGUAUUUCUUGCAGAAGUUAAGGGAAGCCAUUGGGGAGGUUGAAAACCUUGUGUUCGUAUCGGAUAGGCAUCAGAGCAUUGAACAUGCUGUCGAGGUCGUUUUCCCCGAAGCAUGCCAUUGUUUUUGCUUUAAACAUAUUACUAUGAAUGUCACGCACAAUUUCAAGACUGAUGUAUGUAACACGCAAAUAUGGCUGGCAGCCUACACAUGGUCGAAAAAUGAAUGUGAUAGACAUUUUGAGGUGCUCAAACGGAUGGAUCCUCCCAUUGCUACAUACGUCGAGCAAAUAGGGCUUGAAAAGUGGGCUCGUCCUUAUUGUCCAGGCGAUCGAUACAACAUAAUGACAAGCAACGCCGCUGAAAGCUUCAACAACGUGACAGAAGAAUUCAGGAAAUAUCCAAUAACUACUUUGGUUGAAUUCACCAGGUUCACACUGCAAAAUUGGUUUGCUGAUCGUCUCGAAAAUGCAAGUAAGUGCACUACCCCUUUGGCAACUACUUUUGAGAAGGAUUUAAAAGCACAACAUGAAGAUGGUAGGUUCAGGACUGUCUAUCGUAAUGGUGGGCAAUUAUUUAACGUUGGUACGGGUCCUGAAGGUCAGAGAGGUGGUGAUGUGGACUUAGUCGAGAGAACAUGCACAUGCAGAAUGUUCCAAUUGCUAAAAAUCCCUUGUCCUCAUGCAUGUGCCGCAGUAAUUAGUCAAAAUGCUAGCCUGUACGCAUUUAGCUCCCCGUACUACACAAAAGACACGUGGAAGAAGACCUACGAUGCAACAAUUAAUGUUGUCGGCGAGGAGGAUGAUUGGGUACUACCGGAACACAUCAAGAACAUGAGAGUCGGGGUACCAGUGGAUAAAAAACCGGUGGGUCGCCCUAGGAAGAGCAAUGCGGGUAGAAGACCGACGAAGCGUCGCCCGUCUAAUGGUCAAGUGGUUGUGGAACCUCGCCAUUGUACUAACUGCGGUGGUUCGGGGCACAACAGAGAUACAUGCAAAGCUCGAAUUUGA